AUGAACGGCAUCGUGGCGGGGCUCGUAGGCAUCACUGGCCCCUGCGGCGUGGUAGAGCCCUACGCGGCGGCCAUCAUCGGCAUCGUCUCCGGGGCCGUCUACUGCGGCUCGUGGCGGCUGCACGAGCGGCUUCGGAUCGACGACCCCGUGCACGCCGGCGCGGUGCACGCGUGGCCCGGCUUCUGGGGCUGCAUCGCGUCGGGCCUCUUUGCGUGGCCCGAGCAGGCCGCCAAGCUCCUGCGCGUGACUGCGGAGGAGGAGGAGAUGGGCGUCGACCUCGCCGAGCACCUGCCUCGAGACGGCGUCACGCCUCUCAAGUCCAAGAUGAUGGGCGCCGUGAUGAGGCACCGCGGCAGCGGCAGCGGAGCCUCGUCGCGAGCUUGCGGCGCGAGCGAGACUACCGCAACUUACGCCUGA